AUGGAGCGGGCGCUGGGGCUGCCCGCACAAGAGGACUUGUUCCACAAGAGCCUCGCCGCCUCGGCCAAGCGCAUGGAGUCCGCCUUCCGCUCGCCGCCGGGGCUCGACCUCUCGCACGGCCGCGAGCGGCAGCCUUCGCCGCUCGCCUGCUACGAGGCGGCCGAGCCCGAGGCGCUGCUGCAGCCGGGCGACCCGCUGGCGCUGCCGCCCGCCUCGGCGUGCGCCAAGUACGGCGAGAGCGCGAGCCGCAGCUCGGUGGCCGAGAGCAGCGGCGGCGAGCAGAGCCCCGACGACGACAGCGACGGCCGCUGCGAGCUGCUGCUGCGCUCCAACAGCCACGGGCACGGCGGCAGCAAGAAGUCCAAGGAGCAGAAGGCGCUGCGGCUCAACAUCAACGCGCGCGAGCGGCGGCGGAUGCACGACCUCAACGACGCGCUGGACGAGCUGCGCGCCGUCAUCCCCUACGCUCACAGCCCCUCGGUGCGCAAGCUCUCCAAGAUCGCCACGCUGCUGCUCGCCAAGAACUACAUCCUCAUGCAGGCGCAGGCCCUGGAGGAGAUGCGGCGCCUCGUGGCUUAUCUCAACCAGGGCCAGGCCAUCUCGGCCGCCUCGCUGCCCAGCUCGGCGGCGGCGGCCGCAGCGGCGGCAGCUGCGCUGCACCCCGCGCUCGGCGCCUACGAGCAGGCGGCCGGCUACCCGUUCAGCGCCGGGCUGCCGCCCGCCACCUCCUGCCCGGAGAAAUGUGCCCUUUUCAACAGCGUCUCCUCCAGCCUCUGCAAACAGUGCACGGAGAAGCCUUAAGCGCCGCCGCGCCC